AUGACUCAAACUGGUUUCUUUCCCUUACCGGGCGAGCAUAUUACCUUUGAGAAGCCCAAGCACACCGAAUGGACUAUCAUCGCCCAGCUCUCCCAGCAAAACCGCCAGAAUGAGGAAAUCGAUGUUCAAGAUGGGUAUAGACCCUCGUACGCCCUUGCGACCUUCCGCGUCCGCAGCGACUUAGAUGGCCAAGACGCCUACAUGCGUGUCUACCUCCAAGUUCCCCACAAGGGAACUGACUUCUUCCCACCUAACAAGCGAGCCAAGCAAGCCGCUGCUGGCUAUCACCGCGAGGUCGAAGCUAUGAAGGCCUUCCACGAACAAGGUUCGACUAUUACGCCUGCUCUGCUUGCGAUCCAAGAGGAUAUCCAGGAUAAACAGGGGGUUAUCCCGGGAGGCUACGUUGUCCAUAUUGUAUUCCAACGUGUCCCUGGAGCUCGUCUCGCUGAUAAUACAACUGUUCCUGGAUAUGAACCCACGCUACAUAACUUCUUUCAAGUUUUCAGCACGCCCGAGAGAGACCAGAUUCGAAUGGUCUUUGAUAAAGAGUACCGCGAACUGAGGAAGCUGGGAUGGUUGCCCUCCUUUCCCUGGGCAACUAACUUGAUCUGGGACUCCGAUGCCUCGAAAUUGCGAGUCUUCUUAAUCGCAGGAUCUCGUGAUGAGGAUGUUGUUGACAAUGGCGAGGAGAAAGAGGAAGUGGAAGAGAAAGAGAUGCCCAUGUGUGAUAUUUGGGGUUUCUGGGGCCUCGCUAUUGCCCCUAAAAAUCGUAAAGAUCGAGCAGAUCUUUCUAAGUGGAAGCUCUAG